AUGUUGUGGCGUCAAUUGUUAAGUUAUGGAAAUCACCAGGUCACAAUCGUCGUCUUCUUGUUCAAGAACAUCUUUCAUUCCCUUAGAUGGGAUGGGAUGGGUGGUGGAGGAGAGGCCAUGAAACAUUCAGAAGCAACUAUGCUGCUCCAACAUCAUCACAAUAUGCCCACAAACAGUUCUUUUGUUUCACAAGAAGCAACAUCAAUGAAAACAUUGUGA